GGCUGCGCGCUCGGUGCCGACGGGUGCGCGCCGAGGCUUGGGGAAGACUUGAGCGCUUUUCCCCCCUCUCUCGCUCUCUCUCUUUUUUUUUCUUUCUUCUUCGUUUUUUUUUUUUUUUUCUUUCUUCCUCCUCUUCUUCUUAAACAAACCACAAACGGAUGUGAGGGAAGGAAGGUGUUUCUUUUACUACUGAGCCCAGACACCUCUCUCUGUUCCGUCUAAGCUUGUUUUGCUGAGCACUUAAAAAACAAAAAGAAAAAAAAAGAAAAGAAAAGACAAAAAAAAAAAAAGAAAGAAAGAAAGAAAAAGAAAAAGCAAAGGAGUUGCUUGAUGUGAGAGUGAAAUGGACGUAAGAUUUUAUCCACCUCCAGCCCAGCCCGCCGCCGCGCCUGACGCUCCCUGUCUGGGACCUUCUCCCUGCCUGGACCCCUACUAUUGCAACAAGUUUGACGGUGAGAACAUGUAUAUGAGCAUGACAGAGCCGAGCCAGGACUAUGUGCCAGCCAGCCAGUCCUACCCAGGUCCAAGUCUGGAAAGUGAAGACUUUAACAUUCCACCAAUCACUCCUCCCUCCCUCCCUGACCACUCGUUGGUGCACCUGAAUGAAGUCGAGGCUGGUUACCACUCUCUGUGUCACACCAUGAACCACAAUGGCCUGCUUCCAUUCCACCCACAAAACAUAGACCUGCCAGAGAUCACCGUGUCCAACAUGCUGGGUCAGGAUGGCACACUGCUCUCCAACUCCAUCUCUGUGAUGCAAGAUAUCCGGAACCCAGAAGGAGCUCAGUACAGCUCCCACCCUCAGAUGGCAGCCAUGAGGCCACGAGGGCAACCUGCAGAUGUCAGGCACCAGGCCAGCAUGAUGCAGCAUGGCCAGCUGACCACCAUCAACCAGUCCCAGCUGAGUGCUCAACUGGGGUUGAACAUGGGAGGGAACAAUGUUCCCCACAGCUCUCCCUCUCCACCUGGAAGCAAGUCUGCUACACCUUCCCCUUCCAGCUCAGUACAUGAAGAUGAGGCUGAUGAUACCUCCAAGAUCAAUGGUGGGGAGAAGCGACCUGCCUCUGAUAUGGGGAAAAAACCAAAAACUCCCAAGAAGAAAAAGAAGAAGGACCCCAAUGAGCCCCAGAAGCCUGUGUCUGCCUAUGCGUUAUUCUUUCGUGAUACCCAGGCUGCCAUCAAGGGUCAAAAUCCAAAUGCUACCUUUGGAGAAGUCUCUAAGAUUGUGGCUUCCAUGUGGGAUGGUUUAGGAGAAGAGCAAAAGCAGGUCUAUAAAAAGAAAACCGAGGCUGCAAAGAAGGAAUACCUGAAGCAACUAGCAGCAUACAGAGCCAGCCUCGUAUCCAAGCACUCUCCUGUGUCCCCUCUACAGAGCUACAGUGAACCUGUGGAUGUGAAGCCAUCUCAGCCACCCCAGCUGAUCAACUCAAAGCCUUCAGUGUUCCACGGGCCCACCCAGGCCCACUCAGCUCUGUACCUAAGCUCUCAUUAUCACCAACAGCCAGCAAUGAACCCUCACCUCACGGCCAUGCAUCCAAGCCUCCCCAGAAACAUAGCACCCAAGCCGAAUAACCAAAUGCCAGUGACUGUCUCCAUAGCCAACAUGGCUGUGUCCCCACCACCUCCCCUGCAGAUCAGCCCACCCCUCCACCAGCAUCUGAGUGUGCAGCAGCACCAGCCGCUCACCAUGCAGCAGCCCAUCGGGAGCCAGCUGCCCAUGCAGGUCCAGUCUGCCUUACACUCGCCCACCAUGCAACAAGGAUUUACUCUUCAACCCGACUAUCAGACUAUUAUCAACCCUACAUCUACAGCCGCACAAGUCGUCACCCAAGCAAUGGAGUAUGUGCGCUCAGGGUGCAGAAAUCCUGCCCCACAGCCGGUGGACUGGAAUAACGACUACUGCAGUAGUGGGGGCAUGCAGAGGGAUAAAGCGCUGUACCUCACCUGAAAAUUUCAACAUCUCUUCUUUCCACUGAUGAAUUCAGGGAAGUCUUUUCACCAGAGUUUGCUUUGUCCACGCAAGGCAGUUCCCCAUUUUAUUAGAAAAUACAAGUUGCUAAGCACUUAGGACCAUUUGAGCUUGUGGGUCACCCACUCUGGAAGAAAUAGUCAUGCUUCUUUAUUAUUUUUUUAAUCCUUUAUGAACUUGUUCUUCUUCCCUGAAGGAAAUAUGGACCAUUCCGAUUUUAUGUUGGUUUUUGCUGUGAAGUGCUGCGCUCUAGUAACUGCCUUAGCAACAGUAGAUGUCUCGGGUGACAGUCCUGGGUUUUCCAUUGGUUUUCAUAAUGGGUGUUUAUAUGGAACUACUAAAGACUUUUUAAAUGGCUUGAUGUAGCAGUCAUAGCAAGUUUGUAAAUAGCAUCUAUGUUACACUCUCCUAGAGUAUAAAAUGUGAAUGUUUUUGUAGCUAAAAUGUAAUUUGAAACUGGCUCACUCCAGUUUAUUGAUUUCACAGAGGGGUUAAAUUGGCAAACAUUCAUAUUUUUACUUCAUUUUUAAAAAAAACAACUGACUAAUAGUUCUAUAUUUUCAAAAUAUUUGAAAAACUAUUCCCAAAUGAUUUUAAUUUAAAAACAAAUUGGCUUUGUCUCAUUGAUCAGACAAAAAAAUAAAUAAAUAAACUAGUGUUAAGGGAAGCGCAAACACAUUUAUUUUGUACUGCAGAAAAAAAUUGCUUUUUGUAUCACUUUUUGUGUAAUGAUUAGUAAAUGUCAUCUAAGUCCUUUUAUGUAUAAAACUGCCAAAUGCUUACCUGAUAUCUUCUUAGAUGCAGACAGAUUGGAAACAGCUUAAUUAUAACCUUUAUCAUUGGCUCUGUUUCAUUGUCUCUUCAUGCUGUGUCUGUAUUUAAUCUUUUUUUAUGAAACCUGUUGCGCCUAUUUAUGAAAUAAUAAAUAUAGGUGUUUGUAAGUAAUUUUGUUAGUAUUUGAAAGGGUUUUCUUUGAUGUUUUAGCUUUUGCUGGCAAAAAAGAAAUUCAUGCUUGGUGUGAAUAUUUUCUUACUCCAUUUUUACAGUGAAAUGAAUGAAGCCAAACCUGCUUUUCAUUUAGUAGCAGAUUAAAGUAAGCCAAUGCAUAUUUCUGAUUGGUAUAGAUGAAAAUGUAUUCUAGUUUAGAACUUUCUUUCCUCAUACAAUACAACAGAGAAUUGCCCCAAAGUUCAUAUAAGCAUCAAAGCUAAACAGGCACCAAUGUAUCUUGUACCUAAAAGGUUCUUCUCGUUUCUCAGCUGGUUUAGUUAAUUCUGAAAAUGACCUCUGAAAGCAAAACUAAAGUUGAUUUAUCCAAAAUUCCUCAAGCUGCAUGCUUCUCACAACAUUCAGGAAACACUUAAGAAGGAACAAGAGUGAGGAAGAAAUAAAAGGAGAGCACACUGUGAAGAAUAAAUCUGAGUGAAAGGUGAGUAACCACACAGCCAGAAAGAAAGAAAGAGAGAAAGCAUCCCAAGUUUGAAGCCUUUGUGAGAAAUGACAUUCUUGCUGUCUUUUGUGUCUCUACAAGCUACUUCAUUCUAGGCUUCCUGGGUCCUCCAAGAUGACUCUGAGGGAAGUAGGGAUUUACUAGGGAAUCAAAAGCAUCCAUGGGUUUGCAAGCAUUUACACCAAAAAGGAACGAGUAACUUUCUCCCUUCUAGGGAGGGGAUCAUAUCAAGUCCGUUCAUAUGGUUGGAAACCAAGAGAAUAGUUCUUUCAUGGAAUAUACAAAGUAAAUUCAGCUAUUGAAAUAUCUAUAAGCAUUAUAUAAUGCAGUCAGAAUCAAGAAGACAAAAGGUAUGCUUGCUUUGGAAUGAUUGUAGGCAUUGUACAACCUUGAAUCACUUCAGCAUGUAAUAGUGAAUAAAUAAUGCAGAUCCAAUGUAAUUAUUAAAAUGACUGUAGCUGAGACCUCUAA